GAUAUCCCUAUAUCUCAGCAACAGAGGAUAUCAGUAUGUGAAGAAGGAAGCAUAAAUGAGAUGGCCGGUGAAUUCAGGAGAAACGAAUGCGAUGAGCUGGUGACUGAAGUGCAUGGCGAAUCUGCUAUGAUCAGAAGGGUUGAUGACAAGGAUUACCGCAUUUUGCUCGAAAGACUGGAUGAACUUGAGAAGGAAGAAAAAGAGGCCGAUGAGCAUGCAGUGGAUGAAAGCAGCAGUCUCGAUUCGGAUGAUUUUCCUGACGAUGUAGAUCAGGACAUCCUACCUCAUGCGUUCAACGACGUGAACAAAGAAGCGGCCGGCGAAGUAAAAGUAGAGGCGGCACUCGUUGAGAAGGAUUGUCCCAAAGAAGCAAAUAAUAACAAAUCCAUGGAAAGGCGUACUGUUCGUUUCAAAAGUGAGGAUGAGGCCUAUUCAGCAGUAGCUUCGCCAGACACGCCUUCCAUUUCGCAAGGAUCAUCAUCUGGCAUCGAGCCAAAAGUGGUUUGCACCUUUGAAUAUGAAUUUCUUUUUUUUUAA